AUGUCACUCGACAAAGAUGACGAGCCCCCGGGGGACGCGCGCGAGUGCCCGGUGUGCUACGAGAGCCCGCGCGGGACGGAGAGAACGCUGAGCUGCGGGCACGCCUUCUGCCACGACUGCCUGGUCAAGUUGCUGCUCAGCGUCCAGGUCGAAGGUCAAACGCGGCACACCCUGGCCUGUCCCGUGUGCAGACACCUCACCUUCAUCAAGAAGCGGCAGAGCGAGCCGCCGGCCUGGGCGGAGGGCCGGGGGGAGCCCGAGGAGGACCCCGAAAGAGGAGGGCAGACUUUGGAGGUGCCCGCGGGCACGCCGCUCACCCGGCUGGACGAGGACGGCGCCGCCGCCGCCCCCGCUUCCUUCUCCGGGCGGCUCCGGCGCUUCUUCUGCGGGGACGGCGAGGGCCUCCUUUGGCCGAGUCCGUGCAGCAGCUCGGAGGUCUUUGUCAUCGGCGCUCGGGGGAGACCCAUGACGGAGGACGACGCCUUCGGCGCGGCGCCGACGGCGGUGCGGCCGCCGAGAAGGCGCCGGCGCCGGCCGUGCAGCACGGCUCGCUGCCUCGCCGUGCUGCUCUCGGCCUUUACCACCAUGGCACUGGUGGCCGCCGUUCUGCCAUGGAUCCUAUUGGCCUAGUUGGGAGUUGGUGGACCACGACGUGCCGUAUGUGAACAGCUGCAGACAAACCGCUACUUCGGCGGGAGUGCACAAACUUGUGUCCUGCAACAACAACAACAAAAAGAGGCAGGUCAAAGCAGAGCUUCCAAAAUGCUCAUCGUACACGACGCAAAUGGGAAAAGGGGAACACCGUGUUCCCAAAGAGACGACUUUUUACGUUUGAUCAUUUGGCACGGCGUGAUAUCGGGCACGAUUUGAGAUUUACGGACAGAGCUUUGUGCGCGGCAAACGCAAAGAUUGAGUGGCCCGAACGGCUGACGUGACUCGGACAUGGCUCACCAGGACGAUGUUUUGUUUGAUCGCACGCCGCCGAGAUGGAAGCGCUCAACUUUUCCUGGUGUGUCGUCACCAGGCCGCCAGGCCAGUCUUGCAGGUCACCCAGGAUUCCACGUAUUCUUUUGUGCCUCAUUUAAACCAGCGCGUCCCCCCCCCCAACCUUUUUUUGUAUCACGGACCAGUUGAGACAAGUUGCUGCGCUGUUCGUGGACCGGCAACCGUUUUUUUUCUCCAUUGCUUUGAAAUGACCCGUUUUAAAGCACCACGGCUGACAACAAAGACGACGAGAGAGUCAGUCAACAUUUUAUUCACCUUCAUUCCUUUCAAGCAGUGUUCUUUGACUGCACAACAAAUGUGAAGGAAAAUAAAAUAACACCGAGAAGGACUAAGAAAUGGACCAAUCAGGAAGAAAGAAUGCAAACCUAAUAGGACUGAAGUUAUGCUCCUAAUACGUAAGGCGUUAGCACCGUGGCUACUUGCAAAGGGGAUACGUUUCCUGCUUCUUUCAUUUAUUGACUUCAACUUGCAAAGCAACGAGUUUGCAGCCUGUUACGUGAAUGGAGGCGCAGGAGGCAGCAUAGCGUUACAGUAAUACUGUUUGUCUAAUGUUCAUACGUGCCAGCAAGUCGCCACUUGCAAUGUCGCCAUUUGAUCGGCACAACGACCUCAAGAUUAAUGCCGUGACAUGCAUCACUCAAUAAAUAAAUAAAUACAAUCCAAAAUAUACAAGCGGCGUUGAUGAAAAGGUCCUCUUUGCUGUUCAAACUCGGAUGCUACGCUCCGGCCAAACGGAAUGGGGCGAAGGUGACAAAUAUUCCUCAUUGCUGACACCUGCAGGUGGUUCGCUGCAACUGCCUUUGGUGGGGAAAAACUGUAAUUGCACUUCAGACAUUAUCACUCCCAAAAAAAAAGAAAGAAAGAAAG